AUGGGAUUAUUGUAUCCGUGGUUACUUAUUAUUACUGCUCUUUCAUGUUAUACAAACGAUGCUGAUGACUGUGUUAAGUAUGACGGAAAAGCAUGUGAAACAGAAAUUACUAUAUCUGACGCAACUUGCGUGGCAGAAAGCGGAUUUUCUAACGCCGAAAGCACUGGUACUGAGUUGAAUAUACACUUCACUGGUUCAAACAAAGUGGCAAUUAAAAAGGGCGCUUUUAAUAACACUUUAUUUAUUUCAUUUGUGUCAGAAGCGGGUAUUGCAAGUCUUGGUGAAUCUUCUUUUGAAGGAAGUAGCAUAAGUUCAAUCGACUUGAAAGGAGUAACAAUUGUGCCAGCAAAAUGUUUUUCAUUCUGCACUGGUUUGGGAACAGUUUCAAAUACAAAAGACAUCGUUGAAAUUGGCGAUGAGGCUUUUAAUGGUGUUGCAAUCACAGCAUUUGAAUUUGCUGAAUCGAUGACGAAAAUUGGAGCUAAAGCUUUUUUCAGUAACAUGAUGCUUACAGAAAUUAAAUUGCCAAAAAUAAUAACCACGAUCGGUUCAGAGGCGUUUUCGUAUAUCCCAGAACUUGCAACUGUUGAUGUCAAUAACAACGAAAACAUUGGAGAGAAAAUGUUUGCGGGAUGCUCAGCAGACCCAAUGACUUUUCUUAAUACCGAGAGUAUCAAAACUAUUGGAACUGAUGCUUUUGCAGAUACAGUUGCAAUUACCAAAUUGCAUUUAAAAAAUGUAACUUCGAUUGGUGACACUCUGGCUUCUGUAACUACAGUCUUUUUCCAUGGCGCAAUUGCACCAACGUUUACUAAAGAUCUGGAUGUCAGUGUGGCUGUUUACGUGAGUGAUCAAUACGCUGCAACCACAUUUGGCACUGUAACUGUAAAGAAAGCUCAAUGCGACAAACUUCACAAAAUUAAUUUGUCUGGUUCUGUCGAUGGAGAAGUCAAUGGUGAUGACUGCACGGCUUGUGAAAGUCAAAUGUCUAGUGUUGAUGGUGUUUCUGAUGAGUGUUCUUUAGAUAUGACUGCUUGUAUUAAUGAACAUGCAAACUGUGAAAUAUGCAUUGAUUCUGUUUGUGAAUCGUGUGUCACUGGAAACAAAAUGACUGAAGACACCAAAAAGUGUGUUGCCACAUGUCCAGCGACAUACUACACUUCAACAUCUGAUAACAUGUGUAAGAAGUGUACCACUGCAAAUUGUGCAACUUGUGAUGGUGAUGGUAAACCAGAUGUUUGUAUCACAUGUACUGAUGGUACAAAUGCCGAUCCAACAACUCAUUUGUGUGCAACUACAACUUGUGGUACUGGUAAAUAUGGAACGCCACCAGACUGUAAAGAUUGUGUUGCUUUGUGUGAUGUAUGUUCCGAUGGUACUUCAUGCACAACGUGUACGGCUACAAACAAGAAGACUGAAGACACGCAUUUAUGUUAUGCGACAUGUCCAGCGACUUAUUACACUUCUACAGCCGAUAACAUGUGUAAAAAAUGCACUGCUACAAAUUGCGACACUUGUGAGAAUAACUCAAAGUGCCAAAAAUGCUCCAAAAACUAUUUACUCCACGAGACAACUCAAUUGUGCGUUAAAUCUUGCACUGACAACUUUUAUGAAGUUGGCCAAGAGUGCAAGAAAUGCCUUGACCAUUGCUCCAAAUGUACGGAUGCCACUUCAUGCACCACUCCAGAAGAUAAUUACUAUUAUAAUGCACAAACAAAGAAGAUGGAGUUGUGCACAAGUGAUUGUGCAAAGUGUAAUGGUAAAGACCAGUGCUCUGUUUGUAAAACUGGAUAUUUACUCGAACAAGUUACAUUGAAAUGUGUAAAUGAGUGUAAGACUCUUGGAUAUUACAAGAAAGAUGAUAGCAAUUGUUAUACAUGCAAGACUAACUGUAAUCAAUGUGAAGACGGAGAGACGUGUACAGUGUGCAAUUCAAAGUACGAAAUUUACUUCGAAAACAACUGCAUCGAAAAAUGCCCAGUACAAUACUUUAAACCAACUGACAAGAAAACAUGUGAAAAGUGCAAAGAAACAUAUAAAGACCCAUGUGAUGACACAGAUGAAGAGUGCAAACAAUGUAUGGUGAAGAACCCUGAUGAAGGAACAUUUGGAGUUGCUGUAGCAAUGAUUUUGGUCAUCGUGUUAUGUUUCUUCUAA